GUCAUAUCCCUGGCCACGCUCCCUGACUGAACAACUGUAUUCUCCAGCCUCCGGCCACCAGCGAAAUCGACGAUCUCUAUAUAUAGUGUGGUACAUGAUGGAGUGGACACUACUACAGCGUGUGGGUACUAUGUUCUACCUCGUCAGUCCCAACUCCACCUCCUUCAGCCGCAUCGAUCACGUCCCCAACUAUAUACACGAGGCAAUUCCUGUGAUGGCAGUCUUCAUGUUGGUGGAUUUGGCAGUGCGUUUCCUGCAGGGCAAAACUGUUAGAUUCAGCGAAGUUUUCUUCUCUGUAAAUUCUGGGAUUCUCGACGAGGCUGCAAGGUUGUCGUGGGUGGUGUUGCUAGGCUACCAGUGGCUCUACCAGUACCGCAUCUGGGACCUGCCUUGGGACUCUCUUUACACGUGGUUCGGCGCCUUCAUCCUGGUCGACCUUUGUUAUUACUGGAUUCACCGAGCUAACCACGAAGUGAACAUCUUGUGGGCAGUGCAUCAGUAUCACCAUUCUGCAGAAGACUUCACCUUCUCGACAAGUAUACGUAACUCAGUACUACAACGAGCGAUACACUUUGGUUUCUACCAUCCCCUGGCGUUGAUAGGGUUCCCACUACCCACCGUCGCCGUCCACAUAGCCUUCAACUACCUUUACCAGUUCUUCAUGCACAACGAGUACGUUGGCAACCUUGGUCCAAUAGGCUGGGUCCUCAUGACCCCCUCCCUCCACCGCGUUCAUCAUGGGUCAAACAAGUGGUGCCUGGACAAGAACUACGCCAGUGUGUUCGUCAUCUGGGACCGUAUCUUCGGCACCUUUGAGCCCGAGAGAGACAACGAGGUGAUAGUGUACGGUCUCACUGAGCAGCCCCAGACCCACAACGUCCUCUGGCACCAGGUCUACUACUUCGAUGAGAUAUACAAAAAAGCCAGAAGUAUGAGUACAUGGAGAGACUCCCUGAAAGCCGUGUUCUAUGGACCUGGCUGGUCCCCCGGAGCACCCCGCCUCGGGGAUCCUGACACCUUCCCUGACGUGAAAGCCCCCAGAGCCAAAUACGACCCCCAGCUGCCCCUAUGGCAGGUUGUGUAUGUCGUCUCUCACCAACUGCUGGCGCUGUCUGCACAACAGUUAAUGGUUAUACGCUACACGACGUCUUCAUGGUUGAUGGUGCUCACAUUCCUGGUGUUCAUAACCAUGGCUGUGUGUGUGACGUCUGCCAUAUUUGAUGGGUGGCGAUGGGCACCCAUGGCUGAAGCUGCCCGCUGUGGUGCUUUCGCUUACGCCUUCACCACACCCGUCACUGCUAUCCCUGAUGUAGACACUGCCCUUAUGGUUUAUUUCUCUCUCUGCUUCUUAUUCUGGACGAAGCAUGGACUAAAUCAUCCGAGUGCCAAAAUUCACACUAACAAGAAGAACUGAGGGUUGUUACUGUCCAUCUGCUUGGGAACACAUCUGCAGCUGAAGACAGUGACACUGACACCAAUGUGACAAGAGAAAACCAUCUACUGAGGUUUGAUAAAAAACUGUGGGUCGUAAGUUUUCCAAACACUGUACAGUAUUGUCGUAACAGAACUGUCUUAGUAAUGGAACACCACUAAUCCACGUGCACCAUAUGUACUUAAUGGUAUGAACCACACUCCAGUACCCUCAGCCAACUAGAAAUGGACUAUCCACUUUCUCCUGUUAUUACAAUAGAAAAGAAUGGCAUAUUGUUUUUAUUGUUUUUUGUAGGAAGGCAAUAAACAAAAACAGCACCUGGAACAACAAAAGGAUUCUUAUUUCACAAUGCUAAGCUACUCAAGGAAUGAGUAAAAACAGAGAAGGAUAUUUCUAAAGGCUCUGAUCUCAUGAAGAUUAUUUACCCAGGAUAGUAACAAGUGGUCUAAGGUGGGGUACUGAAUCUUAAGGACUUUGGGAUACCUAAUUUUUACGAGAUCCGAAAGUUGAUAAAAAAAAAUUCCUGAAAAUAAUAGACAUAUAUGCCACUUGUUCAAGUUUGUUUAAAAUAUAUUGAAAACUGGUA